AUGAAUGAAGCAGGUCCUGAUGCUAUUGUGGCCGUCGAGAGGCAGCUAAAAGAUAUUGUGCAGACACUUUACAACCUAAUAGUUCAGGCUUACGAUCAUCAUGGAAGCAAGACUCAAGACGCCAUGAAGCGUGAGAUCCAGUCGCUUAUUCAGAACCUUGUGAAGCUGUCACAGACGGCACCCUCAGUACACAUCGACGUUCCUCCAGAGGUCACAAACUAUGUGGAGAGUUCUCGAAACCCUGAUAUCUACACUCGAGAGUUCGUCGAGCUGGUCCAACGUACCAACCAGAUGCUGAAGGGUCGUGAAGAGGCGUACCGUUUUCUGCAAGAACAGGUCGCGUGGCAGCUCUCGAACGCGGUACCAGAGCUGAGGAACGAUGUUAUCAAGGUCGUCGAAGCCACUGGUGGCAAGGUUCCCACUUGA